CCGGUCCCGGUCCCGGUCCCGGUCCCGGUCCCGGUCCCGGUCCCGGCCAUGGCCAUGCCGCCCCUCGCCGCCGCCGCCGCCUCCCCGCCGUAGUCCCCGGUGACACUACGGAGGGACGGGGCCGGGGACAUCCCGAGCGAGCCAGCGAUGUCGGAGAGCGUGGCCGAGGUGCCGGGAGACGGGAGUCCCACGGUGCUCGGCGAGACGGACACCAGCCAUGAGCUGCUGCAGCGGCUGCGGGAGCUGGAGGCGGAGAACUCGGCCCUGGCCCAGGCCAAUGAGAACCAGCGGGAGACGUACGAGCGCUGCCUGGACGAGGUCGCCAACCAUGUGGUGCAGGCGCUGCUCAACCAGAAGGACCUGCGCGAGGAGUGCAUCAAGCUGAAGAAACGGGUCUUCGACCUGGAGCGCCAGAACCAGGCGCUGAGCGACCUCUUCCAGCAGAAGCUGCAGCUCUCGGCUGGAUCCUUGCCCCAGCUGCCGCUGCACCCGGUGCCGGUGCCCCUGGAUGCCCCAGCCAGCCCCCAGCCAGGCAUUGCAGAGCAGCCGCCCCCCCCGCUGCCCCCCAGCCGCUGCAUCCCCCUGCCAGAGGUGAGUACCAGCAUCUCCAAACCCCACUGCCCCGGUGACCCCCGUCGGUGCCGUCGGGUAGCCCCGGGCUCAGCCCCGGCGCUGCCCCCCCUGGAUGCCCUCUCCCCCUUCUUCAAGAAGAAAGCCCAGAUCCUGGAGGUGCUGCGCAAGCUGGAGGAGACAGACCCGCUGCUGGGGCCCCCCCUGGCCUCCCCCGGCUCCCCGGAGCCCUGCGCCGCCCCGGGCUGGCCCCCCUGCCCGCUGCGGGGGCCGAGGGCUGCCGGGGGAUGGCGGGGGGCUGAGGGCAGCCCCUGCUCCUCGCCCGAGGAGGCUGCACCGCCGCGGGGGGCCCUGCUCAGCGCCUUGGCCGAGCGGCUGCUGCGGGGCGAGGGGGGCUGCUGCCGGCGCAACGGCGAAGCCCCCGGGGGACCCCCCCCGGCAGCGGUGUGGUGAGCACCCCGCUUUCCUGGGGCUCUACGCCCCAGGCGAGGAGAGCCCCGAGGGGGGCUUCGCCCUGCUCUCGCCUGGGGGGGGCCCCAACCCUCUGCCCUCCCCCCCCAAGGUGCUCAAGCUUCCUCCCCCCCCCGGGGCGCUGCGCCUCAGCCCCCAGCUCGCCCGUGCCUCCAAGAUCCCCUGCCGCGGCGGCAACCCCGAGGCCCUCGCCGGCAUUCAGCCGCCGUGCCUCCCCCGACGCCCCCCCAGAGCCCGGCUCCCCCGAGCCCCCCGCCUUCCCCCCACCCCGUGCCUACGAGGCAGCCGAGCAGCCCCCUGGGCCACCAGGACCCCCCGCCAGCGGGGAACGGGUGGCUGCCUCCCCCCCCAGCACCCGCCGUGGCACGGGGGGCUCGGGCCCCCUCCCGCCGCCCCGGCAAGAAGCCCCCGGAGCCGGGCUACUUGCCCUUCAAGGAGCGUUUGGCCGCCCUGGGCAAGCUGCGGGGGGCCGAGGGCCGCGAGCCCCCUGGCCCAGGGCGGCCUGAGCGGGGCCAUGGGGCUGAGCCGCGACCCCCUCCCCGGGGGAGUUUGGGGGGCAGCCUGAAGCACCCCGAGCCGGCGCAUGGCGGGGAGCCCCUGGCCCGGUGCUACUCCUCUGGCUCCAUGGGUGAGCCCGGCAAGGCAGGGGGCAAGGGGCGACCCGCCGGUGGCAGGACCCCACCGCGGGCCCCCCCGGCACCCCCCGCCAAAGCUGCCGCAGCCCCCACGGCAGCCCCACCAAGCUGCCCACCAAGGCAGGCGCCGGCAAAGCCGGGACGCCACGGGGCGAGGAGCCGGCGGGAGCCAAGGCGGCAGGGGUCCCCCACAAAACGCCACCAGCCCCCGAGCCCCCCGGCACGGGGGCCGCCGCCGGGUGCCGCCGGGCACUCGGCCAUCGAGGAGAAGGUGAUGAAGGGCAUCGAGGAGAACGUGCUGCGGCUGCAGGGGCAGGAGCGGGCACCGGCGGGAGAAGCCAAGGGGAAGGCUGCCGGCGGUUUGGCCAGCUGGUUUGGGUUGCGCCGUAGCAAGUUGCCGGCUCUGAGCCGUCGUGGCGAUGGCAGCCGUGGCCGGGAGUGGGCCGGGACGCCGGCUCCCCUACGCCGGGAGGUCAAGUUGGCCGCCCGCAAGCUGGAAGCCGAAAGCCUCAACAUCUCGAAGCUGAUGGAGAAGGCGGAGGAUCUGCGCAAGGCGCUGCGGGAGGAGCACGCCUUCUUGCAGGGGCUGGCGCUGGAGAAGGGGCGACCGCGCGGGCCCCCCCGAGGUCCCGGCCAUCUCCCGGUGAUGUACCAGGAGGUGACGGCCGAAACCUUCAUGCAGCAGCUGCUCGACAGGGUGGACGGGAAGGACGUGCCCUACGAGAGCCGCCUGGAGCGCAAGCGGGAGCUCUGUGACCUCCGCCGGGUCCCCCCCGACACCAAAGACCCCCGGCUCUGCCGCCUGCCCCGCAAUGGCAUCGUGGGACAUCUGCAAGAGCCCCCUGACAAGGUGCCAGACGUGGGACUCCGGGAUGAAUUGCCGUCGGAUGAGAGUUUGUCCGAGUCAGGGACGUCACAGCACUUUGCCACCUGCGGGUCACUGACGCGGACGCUGGACAGCGGGAUUGGGACCUUCCCGCCCCCUGACUACGGGGGGGUCCCCGCCAAGAGCACCCCCAAACCACGAGGCCGCCCCGAGCCGCUGCCCGGCGCUGUGCCGGCGCGGCCGCCCGCCAUCACCAAAGUGCCGCGCAAGGCCCGGACGCUGGAGCGGGAAGUGCCCAGCGCGGAGGAGCUGCUGGUGGCCGGCAAACACCGGAGCGCCCCGGCGUGCCGCCCCCCAGCACCCCCUGGCCCGCAAGGCCACCGCGCCGGUCCCCAAGAUGCUGGUGACGAUGCCGGGAAGCCGCGGCGCGUCCAGCAGAGCAAGAACUGGACCUUCCCCAACGCCAAAGCCUGCGGCACCGCCGACCCCUUCCUCUGCCCCCCUGGGGGGCUGGAGGGGCUGCACCAUCCCGCACUGGCCCCCGUCUGCAGCCCAGCAGGGUGUCGAGGGGCGUCCCCAGAGGCCCCCCCGCCACUGCCCCCAGCCCUGAGCGCCAGCAGCAGCCGGACGCCCAGUGCCUCGGACGUGGGGGACGAGGGCAGCACGGAGGCCCAGUCACGGGAUGGGGGGCACGGCCCCCCGGGGCUGGAGCACUCCGAGUCGCUCAGUGACUCGCUGUAUGACAGCCUCUCCUCCUGCGGCAGCCAGGGUUGAGCCCCCCCGCCUCCACCGGCCGCACUCGCACGUCUUCCGCCCCCCCUUGCCCCCCGUUCCCAGUCUGGGGUGCUGUCUAGGGUGUGGGGGGUCCCCACUGUCCUGUUCCCCCCCCCGCCCCGUGCCCGGCUCUCUCCGAUGGUGCUAUCGCAGUGUACAGCCCCCACCGCCGGGUUUUUAACUCAAUAAAG